AUGGGCGGAAUCGAACCCGAUUGGAGCAGAAUUUCUGAAGACAUCCUCUUCUCCAUCGUUAAACUUCUCCCAGCACGAAUUGAUAUCCUUCGUUUGCGCGCCGUUUGCAGCUCAUUUCGCGCCACAAUUCCUCCUCCUCCAAUACAAUACCCAUUCCCACAGUCCAUUCUCACCACCACCGACUUCCUCAAAGGCCCAAACCCUAAUAUAAAUGACGUCUUUAACCUCACGGCGUCCACUGUUUACUACAUUGAACCCCUCAACAGAAUCUCCAAUACCCAGGACGAAGACACUCCUCAAACGUGGCUGGUCGAAAUCCACGAGUCAAACACUGGUAGAUUCAACAUCAUUGACGCAAUAAGUGUUAAAGAUUGUAAAAAAUUAUCCGAGAAGUUACCAAAGUCUUUAAAUUUAUUGGAUUAUCGGGUCACAGAAAUAGGUAAAUUUUAUGAACUUGACUCAACUGUUGGAUUUAGUUUUUCAAAAGUGGUUUUUUCUUCUUUUUUCGAUGAGCAUGAUGAUGAGUUUGCUGUUAUGGCGAGUUACGAUGGUCAAAGUAAACUGGGAAUGUGGAGAAAUAUGGACCAGAAAUGGAGUCAUAUAGAUAUAGGACUUCUGUUUUAUGAAUCUUUUGAGGAUAUUAUUUAUUAUAAUGACAAGUUUUAUGCUGUGUCACCCAAGGGUUGUUCUGUAACUGUGGAUCCUAAAUCUCUGAUUGUUACUCAAGUUGCGGCAGACCUAUGGUUCAAUGGGAGAUUUUCGGUGCUAUAUUUGGUAGGGUCAUUUAAUGAUUUGUUUUUGGUAGUUCGAUACCAGGAGGACAAUGAUGAUGAAGAUAAGUAUUAUAUUGGAGUUUUUAAGCUUAAUGAGAAGAAGAGGAAGUGGGUUAGGGUGGUGGAUGGAUCAGACUUGGUAGAUAGAGUAUUGUUUGUGGGAGGGAAAUUAGUUGUACAUUUUCUGUUUCGGUGA